UCCGUGCAACGUGUGCACUAACUACUCAAACCGACAGUGACCCACGCAAAUCCUCCGUUCUGACAGGCUUAUUUGAAGGUUAUCCACAAAAAGGAGUAGAAUUAAUGUUAAUCUUGCGAAAAAAAGGCUCAGUACCGCAGGAGAGACUAACCUGUCCAGAAUACGGCGGCUAACAGGUACUGAAAUACUGGUAACCACUAUAGAACGCCAGCAUAGCAAGCGUUCCCGGGCUUUUCGCGCAGUCUGGCCGCGCGCAAAUUGCUGCUUGACAAUUUUUUUUCUCCCGCUUCAAUUUGCGCGCGGCAAGAGUGCGGGUAAAGGUCUUUGUACGGGAACGCAAAACGCAGGCUGCUACAGAUAUAUUGCAAGGUGCGCGUGAAUUAUUUGAGCAAGCAAAUGCGAUCUAAUUAUGAAUGUCACACGUCUUUGAAUUAUGACGUAACCUCUUUAGAACAGUCGGCCGUCUGCUAUUUCAGCCAAACAUGAUCGCUGCCUCGGCGGGUGCGGCGGCUAGGAACGCCUCGAAUAAGGCGUUGAUAAAAAAGGUGGUUGGGUUAAUUGUUGUUGUAGUUGUUUGCGUAGCUGUAGUUGUCAUAGUUUUGAAAGUCUUAAACAAAUUCGGAGAUUCUAGUGAUGACGCAAAAAAAGAAACGAAUUUUGAAGUUCGAGUGCUGACAAACAAUGGCGCUGUCGGACGUUUUGGUCCUACCAGACUCAAAUACCACGGAUACCUCAAACAGGAAGUCAAAGUGUCCCUUCAACAUCCGGGAAUUCAGCUCUGGACUGUCCCUGUCUCCGGUCUCUGGUCCAUCGAAGCUAGAGGGGCCUCCGGGGCUGAUGGGAUACUAGUCGGAAGUUCAGCGAAUCGUAAGCAGGGAGGACUUGGGGCUAUUGUUAAAGGAAAGUUCUUGCUGCACAAAGGCAGAGUGAUAAAGAUUUUGGUUGGCCAUGAGGGGUCACGUGAUCCCGUUGAUCCUCAUCGUCCCGGGGGAGGAGGGGGCGGAACCUUUGUUGUGUACGAAGAUGGCAAGCCACUUCUUGUUGCUGGCGGUGGGGGAGGGGGUGGAAUUCCUAAAGCAACUUCUCAAACAAAUGGUGGAGGCGGGAGAGCCAACGAUGAACCUCCUUCAAGUUUCAGCGGUAGGGAGGGCAAUGGCGGGAAACUCCUGGACAGCAGCGACGACAGUGAAACGGUCAUUAAAAACUCCACCGGUCACCAUAAAGUGAUAGCUGGCGCAGGAGGAGGUAUGUACGGCGCUGGAGUUGGCUUGUACAAAGGUUGGGGCGGCAAGAGCUUCAUGGAUGGUGGAAAUGGGGGAGAAGCAGUACCAGCUUACGAAAAUUUUGACCAUGGCAAGAUGGGCCGAGGAGGUUUUGGUGGGGGUGGUGCUGCGGGGUUACUGCCUGGCGCAGGGGGAGGGUACUCGGGAGGUGGUGUGAAAGGAUGCUGGAUGGAAUGUAAUGGUAAGGAGGGUGGUAGAGCAGAAGGAGGAAGUUCGUAUAAUUCUGGACUGUCACCUUCUAAUAAAGGAAACAAGAACAAGGGACCCGGAAGAGUUUAUCUAAGACUUAUGUCUGAAGAAGUUGAGGAGACAUAACCAGCUUAAACAAAAGUCGUGUUGUCCUUCCUUGAUUAGAUUUGAUUUUAUUCACGAUUUAAACAAAACUAGACAACUGGUUACGGCCAACAUUCUGGAAUUUAUCACACUCUAAAACCAAAACAGAAAUAAAAACAGGUUUUGUUUUUUCAGUGUUCUCAAUAUUAAUUUCACCAUUUUUUUGGGUGAGUCACUUCGUUGCCUUUCAAUCGAAAAAUAACACAACUAUUAUGGUACCUGAUCUUACCAGUUACGAGUGAGUUGCCGGACACGGGCGAUCCAUUUUUGGCGCAAAAUUAAAAGCUUGGGGACACAAAAUGUUUCAUAUUUUUCACCUCUUACAAUCUGUUAUGGCUUCUGGAAUUAUAAAUCCCUUUUUGCGAAUACUUAAUUCUGUCUCCAGUGAGAAACGUUGCCAGCCUUCAAUGCCUUUCCUGUUAACAUAACGCAUAGCCUUGGCCUACAUCAUGUACAUUGACGUCAGCAUGUAUCAGGACAAUAAAGCUUUUCCAGCUUUCUGAAUCCUGAUUAGUCAAUUCAAAUUUCUGGCGCGCCAGCAGUAUGCAAAGAAAUAGACGGCUGAUAAUCUAAUUCUUAAUUAGAACAGAGCAUAGUUAAUAGAGGGAAAUGGUUAUGAAACCUGACAAAGUUCUUUGUUGUAUGUUUUUGUUUGCUAUUUUGCAAUUGGGGUUAACCCUACGCAAAACUUAGCAAAACGCAAAAGGUGGUUAUGUGUGCUCAUACAACUAACCAAUAGAAGCUUCUUCAAUGUUAACUAUGAACAAACUAGCUCUCGUAGAGACCAUUAUUAACGCAAAUGACCGAUACAGUGGUCAUCAGAUAUGGGUCAUAUGAGUCUUAGAGGAACUGACGAAAAUACAGAGAAAAUCUGCACGCAACUUGGCUUCCUGUGUAUAGAACACUGCGCUGCAUGCGGGCUCCUCGUUUUGUCGCCAAUACAUUAGUAUUUCCACGUCAUAUAUAUUAGUUUCAUUACUUUGGUUAACUCAUAACUAAUCGGAAGAAACGUUCUAAUUUCGCCUGUGUGCUAAGGGGCGCUUUUAUUUCUUCUUUCUUUUUUCCCCUUAUAACCUGCAACCUUUGUGAGUAAAUGAAAGUCUUCUAGCAAUAAAAGAUACACUCAACGUAUUAACCUGUGUAGGCAGCGAUAUAACUUCCUCUCCCCGUGUAAUGCCCGCUACCUGACGUAAGGAGAACUAGCUGUUAUUUUAAAGAAGCGUUUAAAAUUAACUACUACUUGUGGUUAACUAAAGUUUCUUCAAAACAAACAAAGCCUUAUGAUGUUCAUCAACUUCCCAUUUCCCGUCUGGGGCGGG